CCUAUAACAAUAACAUCACACGCGCCUCGCCACUCACCCAUGCAAUCCACAACCCGGACCUCGGAGACGAAGUCGGAGCUCGCGCGCCCCGUCGCCCGGUCGCACGACCCAACACCUACAUGCACGCACGCACGCAUCACCCGCUGCUGCUCGCGCUAAAGCCAAUAGCACGCUGCGCUGCACAACACAGCCCCCCUGCGCUCUCUGUCUGUCUUUCGUUCUCUCUCUCCCCUAUUGUAUUGCUGAUCGCAUGUGUUCUGGCCAGCCGGGCCAGCUGUACAAUACUAUGUAAGGGCAGGGAGGCGAGGCCAGCUCAUCACGCUAGGUGCUGCCUACCCUGGGUGUCUGGGUUGUCGGUAGCCGCUGUUGCUUCCCGCCACCCGCGUGUCCGCGCGCGCCAUGUCCCCACUGUAGUGUCUCACGCUCGGGGCAGGGGGUACGCGGCUGAGCUGUGGUGGGUGGGUGGCUGGUGGUGGUGCUGGGUUUUGGUGUGUUGUGGCAGGUGGCUGGAGUUGUGGGGGGUAGGGGGUAGGGGGUUGUGGUGGUGCCUUAGAGGGGGUGAGAAGGUGGUGGGAUGGAUGGAUGGAAGUAAAGCUUUAUUGAGGUGAUGGUAGGUAAGAGGUUGGUGAGUAAGAAUGGACAGGCAGGCGUUCGUAUGCUUGGUAUGCAUGCAAGCAGGUAAGCAGAAAAACAAUCCAAAGAAAGAAAAAUUCUCCCCUCUCAUUCCUCAUCUCUCUUCUCAAUCGAGUACUUCAAUUUCUUUGUCUCCCAGCAUCCGUCCA